ACGACGACAUGGUCGUGGCAGGUCAUGCAAUCCUUCGCCGAGCGUCGCGGGCGUGCUAUCGCGCUGUCCACCAGCAAUUUGCUCCAAUGGCAUCUGCAUUGUGCGGACUGGCCCAACCUAGAGCGUCUCUGUACCGUCAAACGUCCGCGUCCAUGCGACUACCGUCUUGUCGUGCCUUGAACUUUCGGACGUACUCAAGUACCACCGAACCGGCGCAAGAGACUGUGGAAGUGCCGCAAUUUGACAUUCAGAAUUGGUCGGGCUUGAUGCUUGCGGAAUGCGCCGACGAUGCCCGCUUUAUCUUGAACAACGACGACGAUGUCAGCAUCAACUUCAAGAGCCCCAAUGGAUGGACCGCACUCAUGGUGCACUCCUUGCUGAAUCGACAAGACAUUGUCGACUUUCUCGUGGCACAGCCUGACCUGAACAUCAACGAACGCAGCCAAUUGGGUGCGACGGCUCUAAUGCUGGCGGCCGAAGACGGAAAACCUGGUAUCGUGCGAUCCCUUUUCAAGCACCCCAAUGUGGACGUGAACGCACAAGACCUGAAUGGAUCGACGGCGCUUAUGCUUGCUGCCACGGAAGGCCACGUGGAAGUUGCAAAACUCUUGCUUGACCAUCCCGCGAUCGACAUCUCGUUGCAGGCGUCGGACGAUGCCACAGCCUUGGUGGAAGCCUGUGCAGCUGGCAAGGUGGAAGUGGUGCGCCUGAUGCUCCAAUACCCUGCCAUCCAACGCCAUAUUGAAGAGAACAAAGAAAGCCUCGUGGCGUGGAUCGUGGGUACCAACAACACCCAAAUGGACGUGGUCCAGGAAUUGCUCCAGCAACCUAUUUUUUAUAAAGGUGGCAUGUCAUUGCUCGUGGCAGCCACGACCGGCCAAGUGGAGGUCGUCCGCACGCUCCUAGCUCAACACGACAUCCAAGUCAACGUACAAGACGACCUCGGCAUUUCGGCGCUGAUGCUCGCAUGCGACGGCGGCCAUCUAGAGAUUGUGCGGUUGCUCUUGGCCCAUCCCGACAUUGACGUGAACGAACAAGAUGCGGAAGGGAUGACUCCCCUCAUGUCGGCAGUCAUGAGCGACCAAGUGGACGUGGUCCAAGCUUUGCUUGAUCACCCGAACGUUGAUUGCAAUAUCAAAGACAAGGAGAAUGGGGCAACACCGCUCAUGGUUGCUGCGCAAGAAGGCCAAGAAGCAAUUGCUCAGCUCCUCGUGGCCCAUCCAUCGACUGACGUCACUGCGACGAACAAGGACGGACACACGGCGGAGGAGUUUGCGAGUUACUUCAAACACGACAGUAUCGUCGAGUUGCUGGCAAAUCGUGUAUAAUCGUUCAGGAUAACAAGGAGCCAUCGAUG